AUGAAUGCACGCGUCCGCCUCGUCCCCUCUUUCUUCCUCCUUCUCCUCGUCGUCGUCGUAGCCGCGGCCGCUGGACCGAUCAAGCACUACCGCUACAGCACACUCACGUGCAAGGUGGACCUCUCGCCCUCCUCGAGGGACCCGAGCCGCGCAGCACCGGUGGAUCCGGCGACGCAGCCGCGCAACGUUCUGCGCCGCUGCGCGCUUCGACGCCGCGACGGCGCCCGCAACGAGCUGUGGUACGCCUGCGACGGCGCCAUGACCGACUUCGACUUCUGCGACGCCUGCGUCUCCGUCCAUGGAGAGGGCAACUGCUACAAGUGGUUGGCGCAGCUUCGCGUGGCAGCUGCUGAGCCUGAGCCUGAGCCGGAGCCUAAGCCGGUCGUGGCCGAGUCGAGGAUCGAGCUCCUUCCCGCCAGGCUGGGAUGA